UUUGAGUAUUGUAUAUUUGCUAUAUAUUUAUACAAAGUCCGUGCAGAUUGCAGAAUUCGUGGAACCAUUCAGAACGAACCAAAUAAUCACACCCUUCGGCCAGGGAGGGAAAACAUCUUACACAAAGUUCAUCCGAUAUUGAUUAUUCCAAUUUGGGAAAUGUCUGGAACGCUUAGCACGAGGUUAAGGGUAGAGAACUUUCUGAUGUUAAAGUGGACAUCGGAAGUGUUGGAUGUCCUAACCAAAGAAGAAAAGAAGGAUUGCAGACAUAAUUAUGCAGAAUCGGUUCCCUUCGAGGUGAUACGGGGAAAUCCCCAACCCCUCAGAAAACGUGUUGAACCUGUUGUCUUGUACACGCGUACCCUCCCUCGCCUUACCCAGGAAGGAUUGAUAGCCAAAUUGAAAAUUUUAGACAAAUCUCGCAUUGCAACCUUUAUUGAUUUUAAGGUUCUUGAUAGUGAUCCAAAAGAACUAAUUUACCAUAUAACUUGUGUUGCUUCAAAUUUUAUGGCCACUUGGGAUUCUCUUGAAAAAGCGCAUAAAUACUCAAUUAAUGGAGUUGUACGCGAGUAUAUUAGGAAAUCUCAAUGUAUGAAAAAUCGUUAUGGUAGUAUUAUAAUGACUUUGGUAUACAUCAUGUUGUCAAAAAAUAAAACGACGUGCAUACCAGAAUCGAUUGAAGGACACACAACGAAUCUUUAUGAAGAGAUUAAGAAAAUACCGGAAUGGGAGAUAGAUAAAUACAUCGGGAAACAGCUAAUAAGAAAUAUUAGUGCAUACAGAGAGAUACCGAUGACAGAUUUAGAAGAUACAGCAGGAAUGACGAUUGAAGAGCAAGAUGAAGAACUUGGUGAUCUUAUAGCAAUUGAUGAGAAUGAAUUAGACUUAGACUAUAUAUCACUCCUACAAGUCAAAGUAGAAAAUCCAAAUAUCGUUGAUUUUAUAUCUAAAGAUUUCGAUGACAUUAUCGAAAGGCUCAACAAACUCGGCCGGGAGUUAUCAAUAGGUUCACAUACGCAUUCUUAUGUAACUGGAUUGCAACGAUUAAAAUUUGUCAUUCAUAUUAAAAUAAUUUAA